AUGGCCAACUUCCUCGCCUCCAUUUUCGGCACCGAGCUCGACAAGGUCAACUGCUCCUUUUACUUCAAGAUCGGCGCCUGCCGUCACGGCGACCGCUGCUCGCGAAAGCACGUCAAGCCCUCGUACAGCCAGACGAUUCUCAUGCCGAACCUGUACCAGAACCCGGCCUACGACCCGAAGAACCGCAUGAACCCGAGCCAGCUGCAGAACCACUUUGACGCCUUUUACGAGGACAUUUGGUGCGAGCUAUGCCAGUACGGAGAACUCGAAGAGCUCGUCGUCUGCGACAACAAUAACGACCACCUCAUCGGCAACGUCUACGCCCGCUUCAAGUACGAAGAUUCGGCGCAAAAAGCCUGCGACGCGCUCAACUCGCGCUGGUAUGCCGCGCGGCCCAUCUACGCCGAGCUGUCGCCCGUGACCGACUUUCGCGAGGCCUGCUGUCGCCUCAACUCGGGCGAGGGCUGCGUGCGCGGCGGUUUCUGCAACUUUAUCCACCGCAAGAACCCCUCGGACGAGCUCGACCGCGAGCUCGUCCUCAGCACCAAGAAGUGGCUCAAGGACCGCGGCCGCGACGAGAGGAGCCCCUCGCGCAGCCCGACGCCCGAGCCGACGAGGCGGCGGUUCGCUUGA